GUCUGCUCGCAUUUCUUCACGGCUCUGGCAUCUUCGACGCUCGCGGCGGUCUGAAAGCCGACAAGCCAGGAAUCUCGCUGCCGAAUGGACUUCAAGGGCAGCUCCAGACGGGGCAGCCCGCGGCGGUCCACUGCGCUCACGGAUGACGAGGUAGAUGAGGUCGCUCGGCGGCGCAGCGACAUGUACCGUCGAGGCAGUAACAUGAGCGAGGCAAGUUUUCUCGGCGACGUGGAAAUGGCGCAAGAUGAGGUGGGUUCGCACCUUGGAUCGCUGGAAGGCCGCAUCACCUAACCCAAUGCCAUUACAGAUGUUCUCCGGGCCGAUGUCUGAGAGCGUCCCCACGGCCACAAGCACAUUCGCCUACAGAAGAAGUCGCCGUGACUCGACCGCAAGCUUCCAGUUCUACGAUGAUGAAGAUCAAGAGCAGGAUCUGGAGGAGUGGCCGGACUGGCACGAAGAGGCCAUACUCGAUGAUCAGGAUCAAUUGGAACGGCAGAGUCUAAGUGACACCAAUGGAGUCGAACUACACAGCGAGGAAGUGACUCUGCUGGACAGUCAAGAGCGGAGGAGGAGCAGCAGAUCGAGAAAAUCGUCCGGCGUAUCCAAAGGCUCGAGGACGUCUACCGAAGCUCCCUUACUGCGUCGGCAUCCGUCUGACCAAUCUCGUCGUUCGGAAGACAGCGCAUACAGUGGCUUCCGGACCGGUGGCCGAGUCAGCCAGAAAAUCUACAUCUUGACGGAGGACAUGACAAUUGUCGUUGCCGGGUUCCGUACGUCGGCGCUCGGCUUUGCAAUGUACCUCUGCGUCUGCAUCCUCACCGCCGGCGUCGGCUAUCUGGUCUUACGAUGGCUUCCUAAGUGGUACGUGAAGCUGGUCGGACGCAAUGCCCCCCUGGCAAAGUGCGAUUGGGUGGUGAUCGAGAAUCAGUGGGGCGAAAUGGCCGUUCAGAACCUCAACAAACAGGAGUUUGGCCAGUCGCUAUCAUCCGUCUUUGGGCACAGCGAGAAGGGCAAAAUGUCGGAUUUUGACGAGUACGACGAUCCCAUCAUCGAGCAACUGCGGAUCCUGGACUAUCGCUACAUUCGCUUCUGCUACCACCCAUUGCGAGACAAGUUCGUCCUGGGCAAUGUGUGGAAAGAUCCAAACUGGACGGAUAUCGCGACAGUCCGAGCGGGGAUCGACAGUGACGAGCAAGAAGUUCGGGAGCGCAUAUUUGGCGCCAACGCCAUCAACAUCGAGCAGAAGAGCACGAUGCAGUUGCUUCUCGACGAGGUCCUUCACCCCUUCUACGUCUUCCAAGUCGCAAGCAUGCUUCUCUGGUCCGUGGACGAGUAUUACUACUACGCCGGCUGCAUCUUUGUCAUUUCCGUUGUCAGUGUGGUCACUACUCUCCUGGAAAUGAAGGCGACGAUGAAAAGGCUUCGCGAGAUUUCGCUCUUCAAGUGCGACGUUCGCGUCCUGCGCAAUGGCUUCUGGCGGUACAUUGAUUCUAGCGAACUCGUACCGGGUGACGUGUACGAGGUCACCGAUCCAAAUCUUGGACUAUUCCCCUGCGACAGCUUGCUUCUCUCAGGAGACUGCAUUGUGAACGAGAGCAUGCUGACUGGCGAGUCGGUUCCUGUAUCCAAGAUCCCUGCUACCGACGAGACGCUGGAUCGUCUCAACCUGGCUGCAUCGCAGAUACAUCCGGAUGUUGCAAGGCAUAUGCUGUUCAGCGGCACAAAGAUUAUCCGAGCACGUCGGCCACAAGACGACGGAAGCGAUGACUCGGCUGCACUGGCGCUGGUUGUUCGCACAGGCUUCAACACUACAAAAGGCGCCCUCGUUCGGUCCAUGCUUUUCCCAAAGCCAUCGGGGUUCAAGUUUUACCGCGACUCCUUCCGGUACAUAUCAGUCAUGGCGUGUAUUGCCGGCAUUGGAUUCAUCGCGUCAUUCAUCAACUUCAUUCGUCUGGGCUUGCAAUGGCAUCUGAUCCUCGUCCGCGCUCUGGACUUGAUCACGAUCGUUGUCCCGCCCGCCCUUCCCGCCACUUUGACCAUUGGAACGAAUUUCGCCCUACAGCGCCUGAGGGGGAAGCAAAUCUUCUGUAUCAGCCCGCAACGAGUCAAUGUGGGUGGAAAACUCGACGUCAUGUGCUUCGACAAGACGGGUACUCUGACGGAGGAUGGCUUGGAUGUUCUUGGCGUCCGAGUGGUUGCUCGUCCAUCGAACCGAUUCACGGAGAUUUUCACGGACUCUACCGAACUACUUCCCGGUGCCACGUACGAACGAGAUCCCACUUUCGACUACAACGCGAACAAAGCCAUUCUGUACACCAUGGCCACUUGCCAUUCGCUCCGUGUUGUGGAUGAUGAGUUCAUCGGCGAUCCCCUGGACCUAAAGAUGUUCGAUUGGACUGGCUGGCAGUUUGAAGAAGGCUCCGGUGGUCCCUCGAAUACGGAAGAGGACGAGGAUCACUCACUUUCGCCGUCUGUUGCUCGACCGCCUCCCGGCAACGAGUUCGACCUCGACGAAGAGCCCGACUCCGCAAACAGUCGGCGUCCGAUCGAGCUCGGCGUGCUAAAGUCCUUUGAAUUCGUCUCGCACCUUCGCCGUGCUAGCGUAAUCGUUCGACAGUUUGGCGACAAGAGCGGAGAUGUGUUCGUCAAGGGCGCGCCGGAAGCCAUGAAGGACAUCUGCAGACCGGAGUCUUUCCCCGCCGACUACGACGAUCUUCUAUCUUACUACACCCAUCGCGGUUUCCGGGUCAUCGCUUGCGCCACCAAGCACAUUUUCAAGCUCAACUGGCUGAAGGUGCAAAAGAUGAAGCGAGAAGAGGCCGAGUCGAACCUGGACUUCGUCGGCUUCAUUGUGUUUGAGAACAAGCUCAAGGACACCACGACCAGCAUUAUCGAGCAGCUGAACGAAGCCAACAUCCGCACGGUGAUGUGCACGGGCGACAACAUUCUCACUGCCAUCAGCGUUGCGCGGGAAUGCAGCCUCAUUGAUCGCACCGCACACUGUUUCGUGCCCCACUUUGUGGAGGGAGAUGCGCACACCGCGCUGUCCAAACUGAGCUGGGAAAGCGUGGAUAAUCCCGUUUACCAGCUUGACGAGAAUACGCUGAAACCCCUUCCGCCACCCGCCGACCACGACUCUUCGCUCCCGUACGACGUUUCAAACUUACGGAACUAUUCAAUCGCCGUGACAGGCGAUGUCUUUCGCUGGCUGGUGGACUUCGCGUCACCCAAGGUGCUGCGCGAGAUGCUUGUCCUAGGCCAAGUCUUUGCAAGAAUGUCUCCGGACGAGAAACACGAGCUCGUCGAGAAGCUACAGAGCAUCGACUACUGCGCUGGCUUCUGCGGUGAUGGUGCCAACGACUGCGGUGCUCUCAAGGCAGCAGAUGUCGGCAUUUCACUCUCGGAGGCGGAGGCUUCUGUGGCCGCGCCCUUCACCAGCCGAGUCUUCGACAUCUCAUGUGUGCCAGAGGUGAUUCGCGAAGGCCGUGCUGCGCUGGUGACGAGCUUCAGCUGCUUCAAGUACAUGAGCUUGUACUCAGCCAUCCAAUUCACGUCGGUCAGCUUCUUGUACGCGGCCGCCUCGAAUCUGGGCGACUUCCAGUUCCUCUUCAUCGACCUCAUCCUCAUCCUACCGAUCGCCGUGUUCAUGGGCUGGACGGGACCGUACCACUCGCUCUCACGCAAGCGACCAACGGCCAGCCUGGUGAAUCGCAAAGUCCUCGCACCCCUGAUUGGCCAAAUCGUGAUCUGCAUCGUUGUCCAGCUCAUUGUCUGGCUGCUCGUGCGACGGCAGCCGUGGUAUCAGCCGCCUAUCCUUGACCCCGGGCACUCUCGACCACCAAACUCGGAGAGUACCUCUCUGUUCCUGGUGUCGUGCUAUCAGUACAUCCUCUCCGCCAUCGUGCUGUCGGUGGGCAAGCCGUUCAGGCAAUCGAUCCGUCACAACCUGCCCUUCGUCAUCAGCAUGGGCGUCACGUUGGCAGUCUCGACGUACAUUCUUUUCGAUCCCGCACCCUGGCUGUUCGAUCUCAUGGACCUGACGCCCAUGUCGCCGGCGUUCAAGAUCUUCAUCCUAGGCCUGGGUCUUGGGGGAUUUGUGUGCAUGUAUUUGGCGGAAAGAUUACUGUUCCCUCACUUGUCGAAGUGGAUUGGCAAGGUGAAAACGGAGUGGCGCGGCAAGACGAAGAAGCGGAAAGAAUACAAAGUCAUCUUGGACGACAUGCGCAUAUGAGUAGAUGGAGGCAACAAAUGUACAGCAGCAGUAUAUCGCAUC